UGGCGCAUCUGACAUUUUUCCAAACACCACCGUCCCUCGGUGAUAUCCACCACCCUCCACACACUGCACGCCCACCCCCCCGAUCUCGCCGCGCGACGCCGUCGGGAACCCUCGCCGACGCCGCCUCUGGUGGAGUUGGUGGUGGUGGUGACUUCCCGCCUGUCCCGGUCGCACCGCCGGCGGCCUCCUCCCGAUGGAGGCCGCGUUCGACGCCUACUUCCGCGCGGCGGAUCUGGACCGCGACGGCCGGAUCAGCGGCCAGGAGGCCGUCGCCUUCUUCAAGGGCUCGGGCCUCCCGCAGCCCGUCCUAGCACAGAUCUGGACAUAUGCUGAUAAAAAUCGAACAGGGUUUCUUGGGCGUGAAGAUUUUUAUAAUUCUCUUAAACUAGUCACCGUGGCACAGAGUGGCCGACAAUUAACACCGGAUAUUGUUAAGUCAGCAUUGUUUGGUCCUGCUGCUGCAAAAAUUCCUGCUCCCCGUAUAAAUAUCCCCACCCCAGCUCCUCAGACAAACAGCGUUGCUACCCCACCACAGGCCAUUCAAGCACCAGGUUCUCGUCAACAGAGUCCUAUCAUAAAUGGAUCGCAGGGCCAUCCUGGAGCAUCAGUGAACCCACAAGUCCCCCAACCUGGUUAUCUUGUUAGACCAUCACAAGCUCCCAAUGCAAAUACUCCCCCUACUCAAGGGGUUGCUCCAAGGCCACCCGUAGGAGGUGGUUUAAGUGGGGUAAACCAGACCGGUUCAACGACUGCAAAUAUAUCAACCGAUUGGUUCAGUGGCAAGAGAAGUGCAAGUCCAUUGGGUGCUACUUCGCAAGCUCCAACCAGAGGUGUUUCUCCACAGCUGAACCUUGGUACCGUAGGAAUACCAACACAGAGUUCAACUCCUGCAGCUCAUACACCGGUUAUUACGACAUCUAUAAAGGCAAAUCCAACAGAUCUAAACCUCAUGCCUUCACAACCAGCUGUUAAUGACUCUAAGGCAUUGGUUCCCUUAGGGAAUGGAUCGUCAUCUAACUCAGGUUUUGGUGUCGAUCCUUUCUCUGAAACUCCACAAGCUCCCUCUGUUGUUUCAAAUGGCUUGCCCAGUUCUACAGUUCUUGGCCCAUCUGCUGGAUCUCAUCACCCCCCUAAGCCAAUUCAGCCCGCCCCUGUCCAGGGUAUAUCAACGCUGCCUUCUCAUACUAACCAGCUGCCACCAAGCCAGCCAACUCCUAAGCAAAACCAGUUUAAUAGCAUGCCAAGCACUCCAGGACCAAUGAGUGCUAACGGUCCUGGUGGACAAUUCCCUUCAAACCCAAAACAGUUUCAGGCCCCAUGGCCCAAGAUCACUCAAGCAGAUGUCAGGAAAUAUAUGAUUGUAUUUAUUAAGGUAGACAGGGAUCGAGAUGGGAAGAUCACUGGUGAAGAGGCAAGGAAUCUGUUUUUAAGUUGGAGGUUGCCGAGAGAGAUCUUAAGGAAGGUGUGGGAUUUGUCCGACCAGGAUAAGGAUGGGAUGCUGUCUUUCAAGGAAUUUUGUUCUGCUGUGUACUUAAUGGAGAGGUUCCGAGAGCAGCGCCCGCUUCCUGAUGUAUUGCCCGAUUGUAUUUGGGCAGAAGGAAUUUCACUGCCCUCUACUGGCCAGUUUGCAGAAAACCCUAGUGGUCCGGUCCCCCAUCCGAGUGCUGGGUUUGCAAGUAGACCAAUGCAAGGACAACAUCCUGGAAUGCCUCCUUCAUCUAUGAAGCCACCACCUCGAAGGCCUCUUCCUCUAGAUGCUGAUGAUACAAUGCAGACAGAACAGCAAAAACCUAAGAUCCCAGCAUUGGAGAAACAUCUGGUUGGCCAGCUUAGCAAGGAGGAACAAAAUGCACUGGAUGCGAAGUUUAAGGAAGCUUCAGACGCCGAUAAAAAGGUUCAAGAGUUGGAAAAGGAAAUACUAGAUUCUAGGGAGAAGACCGAGUUCUAUCGUACCAAGAUGCAGGAGCUGAUUCUUUACAAGAGUAGGUGUGAUAACAGGAUCAAUGAAGUCUCAGAAAGUAUGUCUGCUGAUAAGCGUGAGGUUCAAUCCCUUGCAGCGAAAUACGAGGAGAGAUGUAAGAAGGUUGGAGAUGUGGCAUCAAAGCUAUCAAUGGAUGAGGCUACUUUUCGUGAGAUACAGGCGAAGAAAUUGGAAAUUUAUAAUUCUAUAGUUAAGCUGCAGAAAGGGGAUGGAGAUGAUGAGAAGAAGCUUCAGGAGCGGGCUAAUCAGAUACAAUCUGAACUUGAGGAGCUUGUGAAAUCUUUGAAUGAACAGUGCAAGAGAUAUGGGUUGAGAGCUAAGCCAACUACUUUAGUGGAGCUUCCUUUUGGAUGGCAGCCAGGAAUACAGGAGACAGCUGCUGCAUGGGAUGAAGAAUGGGACAGAUUUGGAGAUGAUGGGUUCUCUAUAAUAAAGGAACUCACAGUCGAAGUGGAGCCUCCUGUUGUAAAAGAGAGUCAGACUACUGUUGCAGAUGGUAAGGAUUCUAGCAAUGGGGCAUCAACAGCUACAUCAACAGAGAAAGAAGAAAAGAGCGAUGAAUCUGCUACUGCUGAUCAAACAGUAGAACAUGAAGCGACUGGUUCGAACAGCAAAGCAGAAUCAGCAAAAGGUCCUUCAGUUAGUCCUGCAAAAAGCACAAAGGAUGGGCAUACUGAUGAACCUGAUAAGAAACAAUCUGGAACAACUGAUGUCUCACCACGUUCUGCUGAUAGUAUCAGUAACCGUGGAGCAUCUGAUUCCCCUGUUCAUGGAGACAAAGCCAACGACAGACAUUCUUGGGGCCCAUCUUUUGAUCAUAGUGGUGAUAAUGACUCCCUAUGGAACUUCAGUCAUAAGGAUGGUGAGAAUGGUGAUUCAGAUCUAUUCUUUGGGCCACAAGGUCUUCCCCCCAUCAGGACAGGAGGUUCUUCUACAUCUGCUAGUGCUUUUGGCCAGGAACAGAAACCGAUGUUUGAUUCUGUCCCAGGUACUCCAAUGGAGAAAUCGGUCUUUGAUUCUGUCCCAGGCACACCAUUGCAGAAAUCGGUCUUUGAUUAUUCGGUCCCUAGUACACCGAUGCAGAAUUCAGUCUUUGAUUAUUCUGUCCCAAGUACACCGAUGCAGAAGUCACUCUUUGACUCUUCUGUUCCAAGUACACCGAUGCAAAAGUCACUCUUUGACUCUUCUGUUCCAAGUACACCGAUGCAGAAAUCAGUUUUUGAUUCUGUUCCAAGUACACCAAUGCAGAAUUCAUUCUAUGACUCUUUUCCAAGCACUCCGAUGCAGAGAUCACUCUUUGAUUCUGGUCCUAGCAGAGCAGAAUCUCCUACUGCUGGCAGCACCUAUGGCAAUGAGCAAAGGGGAUUCUUUGAUUCUUCUGUCCCAAGUACGCCGAUGUACAACUCCAGCUUCUCACCAAGGUAUAGCGAAGCAGGGGAUGACAGCUCAUUCGACAACUUCUCCCAGUUGGACAGUUUUGGCACGAAAGACAACAACUUGUUCGGUCAGCGUGACAGCUUUUCAAGAUUUGAUUCCUUCGGGAGCAGUGCUGACCUUGGCAGCAACAAUGACACCUUCGGGAGGUUUGAUUCUUUCCGCAGCAACGCCGAUCAAGGUGGUGGCAACAGCUUCAUGAGGUAUGAUUCCAUCGACAGCAACAGCGACCAUGACAGAACAAACACGUUUGGGAGGUUUGAUUCGAUGAAGAGCACAGACUCUCACGACCGGGGAUACUCUUUUGAUGACGACGACCCUUUUGGCACCGGGCCUUUUAAGCCAUCAGAGACCUCUAGCCCAACAAGACAUGGAACCGACAAGUGGAGUGCAUUUUGACAGGUACUGUAUUAUAGAGGUCAUCAUGUGCUUGUGCACCUUACUGCAGAUAUAUAUACGCGUACAAGGGCAAGACAUUUUUGCUUGGGCAUGUGCUCUACAGCUUGGAAAGGGGGGCUUUGCUUGUGUGUUUGCUUUGUGUUUGUUUCUGUACCUAGGGUCCCAUGUUCAAAUGCACAUGUUUUGUUGGAUGGUGCUUAUAAACAUUCUUUAUACCUUGUAUUGUACAAGUUGUCAGUCAAUCCGCUGGACUGGAAAUUUGCUGAGCCUUUUCUUCCUUUUAGUGUUUCUCAGAUUUUCUUUGUUCUUUCUUAUGUACACGUGCUCUUUACUAAGAACUCCAUAUGUUAAGGUUCAGCCAUGUAUUGUAAUAUUCUGGGUUAGAAAUUUGUGAGA